GUUCAUCUGCUCAGUGUUAAACAUUGCUAACACCAUCAAAUUUUUUGUGGUGGUUACAAGAGAAACUUCACCUAACUAUGCAAAACCAUGGUUUAGUUUACGUUAUUACCUUCACUUAGUUCAGUCACCGUGCUGUUAAGUGCAGACAACCUCAUCUCAGUGACCUCCAGCUUUUUGUUUGUUUCCUCCAGUGCCUUCACAGUAGCUGCAAACCUUUCACUAAGAGCCCCCAGCUCCUCCAGCACCGAGUAGAUGAGUGGUUCACAGCUUUGGUGGGUUGCUGUUGUUUUUGUCAUCAAAAUGCCAUUAUUCUCCACCUUGGUGUCUGUCAGCUCUUCAUGUGUCAGCUCAGUGAUCUGGAUCUCAUUGCCCUCGCCUUUGGCCUGGCCGCCAGACAGACCAGCAAGCAAACACAUAAGCAUCAUUAUUGAUAAUCUCCCCAUUUUUCAGCUUGGAAAUGAUUGUUGACUGACAGUGAAAGAAAUCUAUUUAUAAGGAAGGCCAGGUUAAUUAUUGAUUCUACUAAAAAACAUCAGUUAAGAAGAUCAUAAACGUAAGCCUUAUAUUAUUAUGGUGCAUAAACUUCAGUAUCCCUGUGGCUCCUUGGCAGUUGUGUUAAUCACUCUUCAAGCCAAGGCCAUAGUUAAACUAGGUGCAUUGUGGGGAAAUAUUUUGCCUGACUCAUUCAUUUACAGUUCAAUAGACUCUUAAAACUUAAAUAAUAAGUUACACAUCUUAUCUUAUCAUAAAGACUAAAGUUCAUCUCAAUUUCUUUCCUUGAUAAUUACAAUGAAGGGCAUGCCAAGAUUCAGUGGAAACUGAAUCUCUGUGACCCAGUGGCUAUGAAUAGCUGCUUGUUUAUGCAGUGAGGAAAGUUAAGUCUCAGAGAGAGAGAGAGGAAUUGAGGGUGAGAGAAAGAUUCGGGAAGGUAGAAAAAGUAACCAUGAGAAACAGCAGCUAAUUGACGGCAAGCGUGUUAGGUUUUGCUGAAUGACAUCAAUGAUAAGAAAACACCACAGAAAGUAGUUUAAAAGAAAGUUAGGUCUAGUCACUGACAUGGAGUUCACCAGGUGUUACCUGCCAAUGGAAUGGGAAGAGAGGUGGAGGAGAGAGAAGGAGAGGAGGAAAAGGAAAAUUGAAGAAGGCGGAGAAGGGAUAGAACAGGACAACCGUGAGCUGAGGAGGAUUGUGGCUUACAAUGACUCCAGUAUGGGCCUAUCAAGUGGGAGUAGUAAGAAAGAGGGGUCAGAGGUCAUAAUGGGUAGUACUUCUCAGCAGGGGAUCCAGGAGCCUAUGAGUGAGUAUUUGGGGGAUGAAGGACUUGGGGAUGACGUCCACACAUUAAGCAGUAAAACCGCUCCUACUGAGAUAUUCAGGGCCCUGAAGGAACUCUGGGAUUCGUCUCUUCUCACAGAUCUGACUCUGACUACUGAGAAUGGGAGCAGCUACCAUGUGCACUCCCCUAUCCUGGCUGCUGUCAGCUCCCUCAUGCUGGAGAGACUUAGGGAAAGGAGUGGAGAACGAUCAGACGGUAAUAGGGAUGUGGGAUUCCACAGGUGGUCAGUGUCUAUGGGUACUGAGAUUGAUCAUGUAGGGCUUCAGGCAGUUGUGGAGUUUGCCUAUACUGGGGUUGUAUUUUCUUUAAACAAAGACACCAUGGCCCAGAUCAAGGCUACAGCUCAACUGCUGGGGGUCCCCAGAGUGCUGGAUAUCUGCAACAAAGAGGAAACAAUGAAGGGGGAUGGAAGUACUAAGACGAAAGAGCAAAAGAUCUCUGCUCUAGAGCAAAUGAAGAUUACUCUUCAGUCCAUUGAACAGCUGUGGACAGACAAAGUGGGAUGUGAUGUGAUUUUGGAUGUGGAUGGGACUUUAUUCCAUGUUCACAGAGUUAUCCUGGCGGCAAGCAGUGACUAUUUCCGUGGCAUGUUCACCUGCGGGAUGAGGGAAUCCCAUCAGACCUGUGUUUCCCUUCCCUUCCUGUUAGCAUCUGAGUUAGAGGCUCUUAUAGGCUGCUCCUACAGUGGGACCCUUUCACUCAGCUGGGACUGCGUCUUCGAGAUCACCUGCACAGCCCUGCAGCUUCAGUUCCAGUCCGCCCUCUCGCUUUGCCUUGACUUCAUGCGACAGGAAAUAGAGGCAAGUUCCUGCCUGGAUAUUGCGUCUUUUGCUGAAGCAUAUGGAAUGUCAGAGCUCCUUGAAGAAGCUAAUGACUUUGUACUAAGGAAUUUCUGGGAGGUGUCAUCCACAGCAAAAUUUCAGGACCUACCUGUAGAGAAGCUUCUAGACUUCCUCCGCUGUGAUGGUCUGUGCGUGCCCACAGAGUUGGCUGUAUUUCGAGCUGUAAUCUCAUGGAUUGAGGCAGAUCCUGAGGAGAGAUUGGGCCAAGCUGAUUUACUGAUGGCCGCAGUCCGCUUCCCCCUCAUGACCUUUCGAGAGUUCAGGGAGGUCAGGGCCAUUAACCUGCGCAUGGAGUGCUUUGGAAACAAGGAAGUGGAACUGUAUGGUUCAGCACUCAAGGAAUUUGCUUUCAGCCUUCCAAAAACCCAAGAUCAGUGUCGCGUCAGACGACCCAAAGAUGCUCUGGUUCUGGUCGGGGGAGACCAGCUAAACCCUGAUAUGGGUCAGCGUAUACCAAGCAGGGAACUGUGGUUCGCAAACUCCCUGCGCAGUGGCACAGGUUUGGUGAAGGAGAUAGAGUGGCGUAAACUGGGUGAGAUACCAGACAAGCCAAAGUUCAGGCAUGGACUAACAGCAAUGGACGGGAAGCUAUAUGUGUUUGGAGGAUGCUACUUCUAUGCUAAUGAUAACAUAAUGAAAUCUGUCUACAGUUAUGAUCCCGUACAGGACAGCUGGAAGAGGCUGGCUGACAUGCAGGAGCUUAGAAGUAACUUCUCAGUGGUGGCACAUAAGGAACGCCUUUACGCCAUUGGUGGAGAUGAGGAGAUCAACACCAAUGUAGACAGCGUUGAGAUGUACAACCCAUACACUGACUCCUGGAGCUUCGUCCAUCCCCUGGACCAGGCUCUGAGUGGCUACGCUGUCACUGCUUUAGAUGGAGGAAUCUUCAUUUCUGGAGGUUUCAACUGUAAGUAUGUGUGUCUGGUGUCCAUGCUCCUGUACCACCCAGAGAGAGGAACCACAUACCUGGCAGACAUGGCCAAUGAUCGAGCCCAGCAUUGCAUGGAGGCCCUGCGAGGCCAUCUUUAUGUCAGCGGUGGGGUGUGUAACCUGAGGAAAUUUUACAAUGAUCAACAAGCCUGUGAGGUGUAUGAUCCUGUGACUGAUUCCUGGACUGCUUUUGCAUCACUGUCUGUGCCCCAUGUGGGUGCCGCCUCAGCUGUCCUGGAAGAGAAGAUCUAUAUACUGGGUGGAUACUGCCAGGACGACUACAGUGAGUCUGGACUGGUCCACCGGUUUGAUCCCAGCACACAGCGAUGGGAGAACAUGGGCAGACUGCCUGGGGCUGUUACUGACAUUCGUGCAUGUGUGCUCCGAUUGCCUGAACACUUGAGACAGUAACUUUGUGGUGAAAUAAUCAAAUGUAUUAAAUACAAAAAUGUGGCAAAAUAUAAAAAUAAUAGCAACUUUUAGAAUACACUGACUUAAUCUAUGCGGGAUUGGAUUAUUAGCAAAUCUGAUUUAGGUAUACAUCUAGUACUGCUUUUUGUACUGACAAAGAUAUAGUUUAUAUUAAGGAAUUCGAGUCUAGAACUGUUCUGUAAAUGCCAGAUGAUUUUUGUCUUACCAUCUUCCUAUGUUAAAUUUAUAGUAUCCCCAAGAGUAGAAUAUAUAAACUCAAGAACUAGUAACUCUAUUAAAGAUAAAAAAUAUUUUAUAGUUUUACUUUGUUGCUGAGUGACAAAGGUUGCGAGUUGAGAAAAAAAGAUUAUACCCAAGAGUAUAUUACAAAUUUAAAAAAAAUAUAUCUUUUUGAAGAAGUGGGAAUAUAAACUAUGAUAAUAUCACUUUCAAUUCAACUUUGUGUGAUGUUUUAUUAAAUAUCCAGGUGGAUCAUUUUGUAUGUUUAAAAAAUGGAGUUGACUACAAAGGAUAUAAUGAUGCUACAUUUAACAAACUAUGUUUAGACUUAAUAUACAGUGCAGUUUUUGUUUGUGUAAGUUUGUUUUUUUUGAUGAUGAUUUAAAGUAAAUGUUUAUAUAUUCACUUCAGUUUUUAAAACAUUUUUUAUCAAAUAUUUGUCUCAUGCACAUACAGGUACCCCCAAAGAAAUGCUACUGUAGUGAUUAAACAGUUUAAAAGGAACCUAACAUUCCACAUAUAACUUUAUAUUGCAAACUAAUUCAUUUAUAUUCUCUUUACAGCUGUACAGAUGUGCCUCCCUUCAUAAAAUACAAAAUAAUCAUCAAUCGUCAUAUAAUGAGCAAUAAAGCAUGAAAAUGAACUUCA